ACCUGAACCUCAAUAUGAAGCCAUCUCUCUUUUCUCUCUCCAAUAUGCUCAUAUACGCACGCAUAAAUCCCUGCCAUCUGCAACCAACUAUGCAUUUGCAUUUAUUACCCCUCUCCUCCUCUCCAAUGACUAACUAACAUGAAUCCCUAUUAGAUUUUUUUUAAGCCUCAACUUCAAUUUCUCUUGUCUUUCCGAGAAACCACUUCUAAGUUUUUCCCCGUUUUGGAAGGCCUUUCAGACAUACAAGUUGGAUAGCUGUGCUGGAAGAUGUUAGCAGUUGAAGAAAUUCUGAGUGAACUUGCCGAGGAGGAAGUAAAUGGGCAUGGGUUGCCGCCGGGGUUUCGGUUUCACCCCACUGACGAGGAACUGGUAACCUUUUAUUUGGCUUCCAAGGUAUUUCAUGGAAGCUUCUGUGGAGUGGAGAUUGCUGAGGUUGACCUUAACAGAUGCGAACCUUGGGAGCUUCCAGAUGUUGCGAAAAUGGGGGAGAGGGAGUGGUACUUCUUCAGCUUGAGGGACAGGAAAUACCCAAGCGGGCUGAGAACAAACAGAGCCACUGGAGCUGGGUACUGGAAAGCCACAGGCAAAGAUAGGGAAGUGUACAGUGCCUCAACCGGAGCUCUUUUGGGAAUGAAAAAAACCCUUGUUUUCUACAAGGGCAGGGCACCCCGUGGAGAGAAGACCAAGUGGGUCAUGCAUGAGUACCGCUUGGACGGUGACUUCUCCUGCCGCCCCUCCUGCAAGGAAGAAUGGGUGAUUUGCAGAAUAUUUCAUAAAACAAGUGAGAAGAAGAAUGCCCUUGCUCAAGGUCAAAGCUAUGUACUGGCAAUGUCUUCGUCUUCAACAACUUUCUUGCCUCCGUUGCUUGAAACUCCGACACCGUUGUUAAAAUCUGAGUCUCAAACUCUAAUGCAAGCUCACAACUCUUUUUUGAUUCACCGCCAUGAAAAUGACCUGAAAAGCCUGAUAAACCCAGUUGUCUCAGAGUCACAAUCCCAAUCCCAGCUCUUCCCAUCUAAUGGGUUCCAACCCUCCUUUUCACCCACUUCCACUUUUGCCACAACCGACAAGAACGCUGUGACAAACACCACCUCAUCAGCAGCUAUGCUCUUCAAGUCCCUACUCUCACAUCAAGAUUGCUUAUUUAAGGAACAAGCUGCUUUUCCCAAACAGUGUAAGGCAGAGGCUGAUUUUUCCUAUUUAAAUCUGCCUGCUGCCAACAACACCUUGAACUGGAUGGAUAGGAUUCAUCCCAGCCCACCAUGUCAAAACCCUUUGUUCUUCGACAUGGAUUAUAGCGUGUUGGGGUUUGCUGAAGGUGUUAGGGGCACUGCUCGGGGGGACACUAACGCACAUGACAUGUCCACUUCAAUUGCCAUUCAUACGGCCAGCGGUCAGAUGAUUUUAAAUCCUCCCACCACCACAGCCUCUGGAGAAUCCGGGCCGCUAGAUUGAUAAAAUCUUAAAUAUUGUUAAGAAUAGGAUUCCUACUAUCUAACUAUGUCCAUAUCAGUAGAUUGGGUGAUGAGUUUUAAUCGUUACAUUUACGUUUACGUGUAUCUGGAGCAGAAUUUAGUAUUUAUCAGCUCUAAUGAAUAUUGUUCUACUUA